UUCUCUCCAAUUUCUCGCGCUUCAAACAAAAUCUUCAAAAUAUCGCCACCGUUCACCAUCAUUCAUUAUUUUCAUAUUCUCGUUCACGCGCGCGUACGAUCCUCUGUUUCCAAAAACAGAGAAACCUGCACCUCGCAGCUCAUCGAUUCUUCUUCUUCUUCUGAAUGCGAUUCACCUUCCUUCAACUACAAUCUGAACCUCACACAAGAGGGACAAAGGAGAAGGUGGUGGCAGAGGAAGCUGAAACGAUUGUUUGGUAUAAUUAGGGGGAAAGAAAAAAAAAGUAUAUAAAUAUAUAUAUACAUAUAGAGAGAGAGAGAGAAAAAGAGUGAAAAUGUUUACAUGCAUAGCUUGUACAAAGCAAACGGCGGAAGAGAGGGAAGAAGAAAGCCGUGAAGGUGGCACGCCCAGUACAAAAGAAGCCGUCAAAAGCCUGACCACGCAGUUAAAGGACAUGGCACUAAAGUUUUCAGGUGCAUACAAGCAGUGCAAGCCAUGCACAGGGUCAAGUACCUACAAGAAAGGACAGAGACCUUAUCCUGAUUUUGACACCAUCUCAGAAGGGGUUCCAUACCCUUAUAUGGGAGGUGCAAGCACAAGUUCAACCCCUGCUUGGGACUUCACUAGCUCCAAUCAUCCUGGUAGAACUGACCCAAGAUUCAUGAGAUCAUUUGGUGGAGACCAGACCCCUAGAGCUCGCGAUUCGGCCUCGGUUUGUGAUGUGGUCUUGGAGGAUGAGGGUGAAGCCAAGGAGUGGAUGGCACAAGUGGAGCCAGGGGUUCACAUCACCUUUGUUUCUCUUCCUAAUGGUGGAAAUGACCUCAAAAGAAUUCGCUUCAGCCGGGAGAUGUUCAAUAAAUGGCAAGCACAAAAAUGGUGGGGGGAGAAUUAUGACAGAAUCAUGGAACUUUACAACGUUCAACGAUUCAAUCGACAAUCUCUUAAUACUCCUCCAAGAUCCGAGGAUGAGCCAAGGGAUUCUACAUACUCAAGAUUGACAUCGGCGCGAGAAAGUCCUAUGACCUCAUCUUUAAACAGAGAUUGGACAACACCAAGGCAUCACUAUAAACACUUGGAACAAGGUGGUUCCGGCCACCAGUUCCAUGCAGCAGGGUCAUCCAUGGAAGCAUCAAGGACUACAACCUCUUCUAGAGACGAGCCUUCAGUGAGCAAUGCGAGCGAGAUGGAGACAGAGUGGGUAGAGCAGGAUGAGCCUGGAGUUUACAUCACAAUCAGGCAGUUAGCCGAUGGAACGAGGGAGCUUCGACGCGUGAGAUUCAGCCGGGAAAGAUUUGGGGAGGUAAAUGCAAAGACAUGGUGGGAGGAGAACAGAGAUAGAAUACAAGCUCAAUACCUUUGAAGACAUGAAAAUUAAGGAUGUCCUAAACAAAGAUGGAAUCCCCAAUUUUGAUUGGUAGUGAUUAUUGUAAUGCAGCUUGUUACUUUUGGAUUCUUUUGGAGUUAAGAGAGUCCUAUACACAAAAACUAGUUAGUCCCUUCACACCAUUGGUGAUAGUCUCAGGCAUUAUUAAGAUUGACACUGUCUUAUUAUACAGUGCCAAAUUCUGAAUUUGUUUUUGUGAUCCCUA